AUGGCCAGCAGUCGCGUUAACCCCCUUCCAACUCACCUCAUCACCACGGCGCGGUCCCAAUCACCGGGCCGGCCGGCGGUACCCAACUACCAGACCAUCGACCCUCUUCUUGGCAACUUGUCGCCCGAAUCAACCCUCCAGGCCCUUUCCUCAACCGACGCCGUGCCCAGGAAUGAACAGGUCGCCCACGACAUCCUCUCGAAAAGUAUAUCCCAGGUCUCCCCGGCAGAGCGCGCCCUCGGUAUUCGCGCCGCAGUUGCGGCCCAGAAGCUCAAUCUCUGGUACAAGGAAGUUCAGUCUUGGGACUGGCCCAAGCGGACCGAUGCUCAUCUCGGGAAGGGGUUCGUCCCCCCUUCCGGCGCUCCCGACGAUGAGUAUUGUGGAAGUCUUCCGGUAGCCGUGGUGGAUGAACAUGAAAAGCGGAUCGAGGAGAUCCGGGAUGGUCUGGAAGUUCUGGACGUUGACGAGCUUAAAGAGCACGUUCUCAAUGCCCACAUUCCAGCGCGGUCUCGGCCUUCGUCAUCCAAUAGCACCCUAUCGGUGCCUCCCCCGCUCAGUUAUGUGCAAUUGAGCGACUUCACCGCCGUAAUUACCGCCACCAUUCUUCGGGCCCUUCCUCUCCUCUCUCGCUUGAACAGUCUCCUUGCUACCUGGGAUGUCCGAUUGCUGGUUUUGCGCCAGAUACCCGAGCUGCUGCGGAGACUGCGACUGGCUCGUUCGGAAUUGGAUUCCGCUCUGGGCUUGUUAAAGUCGCCCACUCUCCCUGGCGAGACAGAUCCCUUGUAUUCCCGCUCCAAUUAUCAUGCCAAACGGGCUAUCUUAGAAGCAACGGUUGUGUCUGCGGGCCGCCAAUUGGACCGUGUACUUGAUGCGCUUGAAGGACGGGAGGAUUCACUCCCCGAGAGCUGGAUUGACGAUCUCGAGGGCAUCGAGUCCGAGUUUGGCACGUGGGUCAUGGAAGCCGAAAGGCGUACUGUCGAAAACGAAUGGCGGAUGACGAUCAGCACAGACCAAGGUGCCAAACAGGACAGCCCGCGGGAUACGUCGACGCAGCCGUCACACGAGAUAAGAGAUCCCGAAAAACUCUCCCUUACCACGUCAGGGUCCGUGCCGCAGACUAGUCACCUCUUCCCUAUGGAGACUAUUGCCGAAGAGGAAUCCAGUCCCACUGAGCCGUCGCCCUCGAUUGAAGCUCCCGCUGAACAAAUCAUCGCGGUCCCGGAACCGAUUGUCGCACCUGCUUCUCACAAUGCGAAUCCCAACCGUUCAUCUCCUAGUUCUUCGGCUACCACAGAUGCUUCAGAUAACCUAAUCUCGAACUCUGAGCCUAUUAUCGCUCUACAGAAGGACUCAACGCCUACCUCUUCGAUCCUCGCUUUCACCACCAAUGCCUUGAACGAGGUGGAUGACCUGGCCGACGAACCUCGCGCUAUCGAAUCGGCUAGCCCGAAGGAUACGCAGCCUACGGAGGCGUUGGAGAAUAAAAUAAUCGCGAGCGCCUCCGAUGAAUCGCCUCUGGAAGAAUAUUCUCCCGAGCGUGAUUCCCCAUUGCUUGUUGAAGAACAAGUGAAUGCAUCUCUUCCUUCCGCAGACCUACAUGAAACACCUCUUUCUUUACAGGAAGAUGCAACCCCACGAGCUUCUCUAGACAUUCAGUCAGAGGAGGUGGAGACUUGUCGCCCUUUCCAAUUCAUCUCAGAUGCGCCCGUAUUUACUCCAAAGAAGGAGCGCACAGAUCCCAUGUCAUUGCUUCACCUUGACGAAUCUUCUCGUCAUUCGUCGCCUGCAAACAGCUUACAGCCGCCUGCCAGCCCUGAUGCGCCGUCAUCUGAUGCCGGUAGUGUAAUCGUACGGCGACGAACGAGUAUGAUGCAGUCGCCCCUCAGUCAGCAGAGGGGGGUCUCAGAAGACGAUGAAGCGACACUGUUUGAAGUUGACAGCGCCAAUCCCGUGAUUGAAACCUCUGAUGAACGACAGCCCGCUUCCGUUGAACAUCAAACACCCAGUCUGGUCAGUGACACGGUCCAGGCUGUGUCUACUGAAGCUCCUUCGGUGCUAGACUCGUUCCCGGUGCUGCCUAUCAAUGCUUCCCCCAAGUCACCGACGAAGCCGAUAAUCUCCGACAGUGACAGGCAGUCUUCAACUUUCCCUACGAGCAUCGCACACGAGGAGACUAAUGAUGGUUGUACUUCCAAAAAGCCCCUUGAGAGCCCGAUCAAACUAUCCAAAACUCGGCCGGAGCGCUUGUAUCUCGAACAGGAGAAAUCGAAGUCUCGGGGCCGGCGGACGUCGGAUGCCUCGUCUUUAUCAGACUACCCGUCCCUUGUGUCAAGCCCCGAGGUUCACGAGCCUCAAACCUCUUCUUCUGAUGGGACACCUCUGCUGCUUGAAACCCCUCCGCCAUUCCACGAAGGCUAUCAGUCAUCCGACCCCAUACCACCCGGUAGCGACCAUACCCUGCGAGAAGAUCGUCUAUUCCGCCUAGACAACCAAAAGCCGUCACCACGCGCCAACUUCGCCCAUAACCGAAACCUCAGUCUUCCCCUACAGCGCUUUAUCAACGAAAGGCUGGAGAUGAAUUACGAAGAUGAAAGCGGCAGUGAUUUAGAUGGCCCUAGUCACAACAGAAAAUCAACCGAUGUCUAUGCGGAUCUACGCCUCGGCCAGAAAAGAGCACUAUUGCCUCCGCAUAAUGGCAGGUCCUCCAUUUCGACCAAUAUUGCGCGACGUUCUGCGACCCAAAUCCUCGAUGCGCCUCGUGAAGAAAGCCCCAGACCGAUCAGCAAUGCCGCCCCUAAGGUUUUGUCUAAGGCUUGGGAGCACAGGAAGAGUUCCGCACCGAAGCAUGCAAAUCGCAGUGCUUUGAAGUCCGAACCACCUGCGCAUUCGACCACCACGCGCUUGAGGAGACAGUUGACUGCGCAUCCUAGCCUCGAAAGUAUUGGGGCUUAUAGGUCUAACGGUCGAUCUAGUGAUGAAGCCUCGUCGGUUACAGCUUUUUCCAAGCCCGGGUCUCGGCCAUCUACGCCGGGCUCUCAGUUGAGGAAGCCCAGAGAUCAUCUAGACGAGAAAAUCACCUCUAUCCUGUCGACACUCCCUACUCGAAUCCACCUGAUGUCAGCUGAUGAGAAAGACUUUGAUCUUUCCUCCGUGGCGACAUCAAUUCCCUUGAAGGCCAGGGAACGAUUCCGUUCUAUAUCGCCCCAGGGCACGCCGUCACGUAGUAGCACGCCCACUCCGUCCUUGACACUGACACCUGCCCCCUCGCGCAGGAGGUAUUCUCAUGCACACGCCCCCGAGGAGAGCUCCGUGAAGCUCUAUCACCUGCAUCGGGGGGGAAAGUCCGCUCCGACGAAACUUUUCGUUCGAUCAGUGGGUGAAAGUGGGGAGCGCGUCAUGGUUCGGGUCGGAGGUGGGUGGGCAGACCUCGGCGAAUACCUGAGGGAAUACGCCAUUCACCAUGGCCGUCGACAUGUUUCAGACACGCCUCGUGUGGAGGUCCAGGGCUUGACGACCCGUACCUCCCCCACGUACUCCGCCAGUGGGCGCCGCACUCCCUCCCGCCCGCGGUCCGUCAUCAGCAAUCGGCCAUCAUCUUCGCUGGCUAUGCGCAAGACCAGACGGACGUCGAACGUGUCGGAUGUGACAGAGUUCAGGGCAGGUGGGGAGAUGCUUAACGCCUCGUACUCACCUAUAUCGACGGUUUCAUCGCGCAGACGACUGUCAGCUUCAUCCAACGCCUCAAUGGGCGCGGCCUCUUCAGCGAGCGAGUUCCGCCACGGAUCAUCGUGUUCUCCUUCUACCACUGCUGCUGGCGGUAGCUCCCAUUCGAUCCCGCUUGGCCUUGCAGGGCCAAAGCCACGGCCGAGACAUGUCACCAUCAGCCCAGAGAGUGAGGCGUGGGUCGAAGACGUUCUCGGCCAAGCUCGGAGGAGCUCGUCCUUGAGGCCGUACAACUAUGUGCCGCCGCAGGACCAAGAGCCUGCAUCAAGCAAAGCUCCCACCAUCCCUAAAUCCCGAAGCAUCAGCGACCUUGGAAUGGCUGGUUCUAGCAGGCGUGUCGCACUACGCGGGCUUGCAAAACGCUAA